GUUAACUGUAUGCGAGACGGACUUUUCCAGCAGAUCCUGGCUUAUCCGCGAGGUGAUGUUAUAGAUAGUCAUUUAAAUCCAUCCAGUCUAUCCAGCAAACUCAUCUGUCCACCAUGGUACACGCCGGCGUUAAGUUUGGUGUUCCGUUGGCAGUUGGUACGAUAUGCAUGUGUCUUGGAGUGGCGCUUGUCUUCGUAUUGGACAACGUUGUACAUUCUAUGGUGAACACACAAAUGACAAUAUCCAAUUCAUCAGCAACUUACGACACCUGGCAAGACCCGUCAAUUCCAGUAUAUAUGCAAUUCUUUGUCUAUGACAUCAUCAAUCCAUACGAGGUUAAACACGGUAAAGAGUUGCCUUUUGUUGUACAGAAAGGUCCGUAUACUUAUAAGGAACACCGACCAAAGUUUGACAUAAAUUUCAAUGAAAAUGGGACGGUCUCUUAUCGACAGAAUGUCACGUAUGUCUUUGAUCGCAGCAUGUCAUCUGGAUGGGAUAACGAGACUUUGACAAUGAUUAACAUUCCGUUAAUAACAGUAAGCAACCUGGCCAGAUACCUUCCAGAUUUACUGCAGACAUUGAUUGAGGCACUGGAGAAAGUGUCGGGUGCCGAGCUGUUUAUGAAAAGAACAGUGAAUGAAGUGCUAUGGGGAUACGACGAUGAAAUGCUGAAAUUUAUUAUGAAUAUUACAGGGAACCUUUUGAUUAAAUCAGCUAAGUUUGGACUUUUCAUGGGGCGGAAUGGUACAGAUGACGGCAUCUACAAUAUUUACACAGGUUCUGAUAAACUUAACAUUAUUGACAAAUGGAAAGGUGAACCAAGUCUGUCGUGGUGGAAUGAUGAUUAUGCAAACAUGAUUAAUGGCACCGAUGGCUCACUAUCACCACCAUAUUCUGAUCGAUCCAAACCAGCCUAUAUAUUCUCGUCAGACAUCUGCAGAUCUGUUUUUGUAAUGUUUGAGAAAGAAGUUGAAGUGAAAGGAAUCACUGUCAAUCAUUUUGUCUCUAAUGCAUAUUUACUUGGAAAUGUCACCUUCAAUCCAGACAAUGGCGGAUUUUGUACACCUAAAAAUAACUGUCCUCCAGGAGGUCUUCUCAAUGCAAGUGCCUGUCAGCAAGGUGCACCAAUUUUUUAUUCACUUCCACAUUUCCUGUACGCUGAUAAAGACGUGAUAUUACCGUGUAUGAACCCAAACAAAGAAGAACAUCAAACAUUCCUUGACUCAGAUUAUGUAACUGGUAUAUCAAUGAGAAUUGCCAAACGACUACAAAUAAAUGUCCAUUUGACAAGACACAAGGCUAUCAGUGAUCUUUCUGAGAUUAAUGAAGUUUAUUAUCCAGUUUUAUGGAUAAAUGAGACUUAUACUAUAGACGAUGCCAGUGCAACCAAAUACAAACAUUCAGUACUCACACCUUUGUAUGUCACCAGGAUAAUGCCAUGGAUUGUGUUUGGUAUUGGAUGCCUAAUUGUCAUUAUUACCCUGAUUUUGUUGAUUAGAAACCGAAGGAGAGGAUAUCAGACGCCACUGCAUGGUAAUUCAAUACAAGAGAAUCAUGACAAGGAACCUAUAUUGGGAGGAGCAACUGCUUAGAACAAAGGCUUAGAAAAAUAGAUCCAGUGUGUGUGAAGUACACACAGUACUACCGUACAUAGACUGUAUUCUGUUGAAGCGUUUUUGUUUUUUGAUAUGCACAUGCAUUGGUAAAAUACAGGCAAUUGACAUAUAUGGAUAUGAUGAAAUUGCGCAAAUAUUCCAUACCCCCAAACUGACUCAAUGUUGUUAAGUUUCCCAGUCAGCAAAUAUCAUUAAGUGUUAUAAGAUAUGCAAUGGUCAUUUUUUAAAAUGACGACAUAAAAAUUGUAUUUUUGGAACUUAUAAACUUUUGUUCAGCAGCAUAUUACUGGUAAUAGCAAUCUUACAGUGUAUACGUAUUCUGCUGAUAAUAUACAUCCUUACAAAUAAUGAUCAUACGUUUAAUUAUGUAUACAGUGACCCCUCGCUAAGUCGCGCCUCGGUUACUCGCAAUUCGGCUAAGUCGAGGGUACUUGGAUGGCUCCUAAAAUUUCUAUUGUGUAUUUGCUACUUCGUAACACGAUGCUUUAUUUAAAUUUCAAAUAAAUUCUUGAAUUUGGACAUUCAUGCUUUAAACAAGUAACCACAUCUUAUGGUGCCUUAAUUCUAUAUAUAAUCUACUAUCUGAUCAUUUUGUGUCUGUAAAUUUUAUGCCUGGUGUGUGUCAUAAUUGUUUAUUUAUUGUGUUGCAGUAGUAUUUUUAUCGUUGGAAAUACUGUAUAAUUUGCUUUAAAAAUGUGUAUGUGCAUUUAAAGAAGCCAUGUGACACCGUUUUGAGUAUUUUUUGUGAGAAAAAUGUCAGGGUUUAAUUUGUUAUCAAAAUUUGACCCCCGUUUUGGCAGAAAACACUAGCAGAAUUCACUCGUUUAUCAAACAAAAUUUAACAUUCUCAAAAAUACUCAAAAAUAUUCACAUGUCUUCUUAGAUUAGUUUGUAUUCCACGUAUAACUCUGUAAUAGAUAUAUUUACAUAGCUAUAUAUUUAUGUCACAAGAGCAGCUGAUUUAAUAGGGGGUUAAUUGUUGCAGUCUCCAAGUGAUGAAUCGUUUGGUGUAAGGGAUGAUAUUGUCAGUCAAUAAAAAUAAUUUUUUUUUUACAGAUUUGCUAAAUUCUAUUUUUUUCAUGUACGCCACCAGAAUCCUCUAUUUGAACACCGUUGAAUACGCUUUUCAUUUCGACUUCGCAUAAGUGAUCUGACA